UCACCCAUACCUGAGAACAUCACAGCUGCCACUGCCUCAGCCGGGACUGCCAAGGACCCCUCCUCAGCCGAGACUGCCAAGGACCCCUCCUGUUCGCCGCCUGCAGCGCUCCCAACAGCCCAGCCAUGCCCAGGUCUGGCGGUGACCUGGCCAGAGACGGAAGUGCCACUAAACGGAAGGAUCAACUUGUCCUGCACUGCCUGCAGCCACUUCCCUCACUUCAGCAUCCUCUACUGGCUCGGCAACGGCUCCUUCAUUGAACACCUCCCCGGCAGGCUGUGGGAGGGUGCCAUCAGGCGAGAGCACAGGAGCACGAGCACCCAGCUGUGGAGGGCCUUGGUGCUGGAGGAGCUGAGCCCCGCCCUGCGCAGCACCAAUUUCUCCUGUGUGUUCGUGGACCCCGAGCAGGUUGCCCAGCAUCAUGGUGUCCUGGCCCAGCUCUGGGCCCAGCCAAGGACGAUCCUGUUCCCCACUCAAGAAGCCCUGCCCUCCAGGGCCAGCCCAGGGCCACAGCUGCCCACAACAGCAGGGUUAGGAACCAGCAGGGGACCAGCACAGCAUGACCCUGACCUGGAAGGCCAGUAGCCCCAGGGCCAGCUGACCUGGAGGGCAAAUGCACCAGCUGCUUCAGUUCUCUCAUCGCCUAGAUAAGCCAAGUGGCUACUGGAUGCUUUCUCCUACCUGUCAUUCUCCUGAUCUGAGACCUUGCGCCCCCUUCGUCAUCCCUUUCCACUGCUCAGGAACCUCCACGACCUGUUGGGCCUUGGUCGCACACUCCAGGGCCACCUGCAUGCUGGCAUGACUCGAGGGCCAUUCCCAUGGGCGAACUCUGAAGUCUGGCCGAAACCCUUCAGUGACGGCUGCUCUCAGCUCUAGCCACAUUCUGCACCAACGUCCUGUUGUGGGUCUUAGUACACCAGUGGACUGUUCAGGGAGGGACGGGGCCAUUGCUGCUGAUCACAAGCGUUUCUGUUGUCCCCAAGGCCCACAGUGGGUCCUCAUAAAGAAUCUCAGUGGAGGCAUCA